GGGCGAGCGCCGGGGCCGGUUUCCGGGGCUCGGCCCGGGGCGGCGCGAUCCGGCAUCCGGCGGGCGGAGCCGCACCACCCUCCUACCCCCGCGGCGGCGGCAGCGGCAUUCCCGGGGUGAGCGGAGCCGAGCGGGACCCGACCCGACCCGAGCGGACCGGACCGGACCGGGCCGAGCGGACCGAGCCGCACCGCACCGCACCGCACCGCACCGAGGCGCCGAUGCCGAGGGAAACGCGGGAAUAGCCGCCAGGAAGAGCGUGCCAGGAGGCAGCAGCGCCGGGCCGGGCUCAUGCCGAGAUGCUCCAGCAUCACCGGCUGGGAUUGCGAACGGUGCUCCCGGGAGCCCGCCGGCCUGCACAGCUGCCGCCGCUGCCUAUCCGGCCACGCGUGCCCGUGCUGGGCGCAGCAUGGAUGCUGGGAGCGAAGGAGGACUUGCCGUGUCCCGGUGACUCAGCCCGCUGCCGAAGCUUCGCCGGCAGCUGCGGGAACGCUUGUCUGCCUGCCAUCGCCUCUGCCCGCCCACGCGCCGGGCUGCCGGGAUGUGCCAGCAGGGGUUUUGAACAGCUGAGCACCACCCGCAAGAGGACAAGAUGUUUGGGGGAAAAAUGACCAGCGUCGGGAAGAAGCUGAUCCGCCGGCGGGUGGUGGAUCUGAGCUCCGAGGAGACGCGUUUCGCUCGCUGCCUCUCCACGCUGGACCUCAUCGCUCUGGGCGUGGGCAGCACGCUGGGGGCCGGCGUCUACGUGCUGGCAGGGGAGGUGGCCAAGGAGAUGGCUGGCCCCUCCAUCGUCCUCUGCUUCCUGGUGGCCGCGCUGUCCUCGGUGCUGGCCGGGCUCUGCUACGCCGAGUUUGGGGCCCGCGUCCCCAAGACGGGCUCUGCCUACCUCUACAGCUACGUCACCGUGGGCGAGAUCUGGGCUUUCACCACCGGCUGGAACCUCAUCCUCUCCUACGUGAUAGGCACGGCCAGCGUGGCCCGUGCGUGGAGCGCGGCCUUCGACAACAUCAUCGGCAACCACAUCUCCACCUUCUUCAUGAACAAGACCACGGUGCACCUGCCCGGGGUGCUGGCCGAGCGCCCCGACUUCUUCGCCCUGAUCCUCAUCGGGCUGCUCACAGUGCUGCUGGCUUUCGGCGUCAGCGAGUCCGCCCUGGUGAACAAGAUCUUCACGGCGGUCAACCUGGUGGUGCUGGGCUUCGUCAUCAUCGCCGGCUUCGUGAAGGGACACAUCAGGAACUGGCAGCUCACGGAGGAGGACUACGUGAACCUCUCGCACCUGGACGUGCCGGAGGACAGCAGAAAAGAGGCCUUCGGCUCGGGCGGGUUCAUCCCCUUCGGACUGGAAGGGAUCCUGACGGGCGCUGCCACGUGCUUUUACGCCUUCGUGGGGUUCGACUGCAUCGCCACCACGGGGGAGGAGGCCAGGAACCCGCAGCGCUCCAUCCCCAUCGGCAUCAUCGUGUCCCUCCUCAUCUGCUUCGUGGCCUACUUCGGCGUCUCGGCGGCGCUCACCCUCAUGGUGCCCUACUUCCUCCUCAACAAGGAGAGCCCGCUGCCCGAGGCCUUCAAGGCGGUGGGCUGGGAGCCGGCGCGCUACGCCGUCGCCGUCGGCUCGCUCUGCGCCCUCUCCACCAGCUUGCUGGGCUCCAUGUUCCCCAUGCCCCGCGUGAUCUACGCCAUGGCCGAGGACGGGCUGCUCUUCAAGUCCCUCGCCAGGAUCAACAGCCGCACGAAGACGCCGCUGUUCGCCACCGUCGCCUCGGGGCUGCUGGCCGCGGUGAUGGCCUUCCUGUUUGACCUGAAGGACCUGGUGGACCUCAUGUCCAUCGGCACGCUGCUGGCCUACUCGCUGGUGGCCGUGUGCGUGCUCAUUCUCCGGUACCAGGCCGGGCAGCUGAACUCGCCGAAGGCCGUGGAGAUGCUGGAGCUGAACGGGAGCGAGGAGGAGAGGGUGGUCAUGAACCCGUCCAUCACCGCCACGGCGGGAGACAAGCGGGAAGAGAAGCUGUCCCUGGCGAUGCUCUUCAACCCGCCCUCGGACACCCCUACGGCGCUCUCGGGCCGCGUCGUCUACGUGUGUGUCUCGGUCAUCGCCGCGCUGGUCACCGUCAUCUGCGUGGUCCUGACGCUCAAGGUGAACGAGCUGAAGGCCGGCAGCGCGGGCUGGGUCGUGGCCCUGGUGCUGCUCGUCGUCGCCCUGCUCAUCCCCACCGUCAUCGUCUGGAGGCAGCCGCAGAGCAACGCACGCCUGAAUUUCAAGGUCCCUUUCCUCCCGCUCCUGCCGCUCUUCAGCAUCUUCGUUAACGUCCUGCUCAUGGUGCAGCUGAGCGCCGGCACCUGGGCGCGCUUCGCCAUCUGGAUGGCCGUGGGUUUCAUAAUUUACUUCAGCUACGGGAUUCGGAACAGCGCGGAAGAGAAAAACGCCAGGCAACCCGGUGCCGCGGUGGAUAAACCUCCACGCCGUCCCGGACUGGACCCGAGCCCCGAGGCUGCUGCGGUCUGAGCCGGUUGCACCGGACCCUGUGGACCUCUGCCAGCGUUUCUGCCCCAGGAUGCGGCCGCUGAGCACGGGGGGGGACACGUGCUGGCAGCCCCGACAGCGGAGCCUGCUCGGCGCUGCCCUUCUCCCCGCGGAGCGGCGGUUGCGGAGACGGGUCCCCGGGCCGGGUGGUCCCCGCCGCGGACGAGCGGCACCGCGCCGGUCUCUGCAAUCCCGCCGCCGCUGCUUGGCCCCCCCGCGAUAGCGCAGCUGUAUUUAUUCCCUCUGUCCCCGUGGCUGUGGUGGCCGCCGUGCGUUUCCCGAGCGCCGGGCCGGUGCCUGGAGCGCGGCAGAGCCCAGCCGCUCCCCGGGUUCGGCCCCCGCGCUGCCCCGCGCCCUGCGUGAACGUCUCGCUCUGGCGCCCGCGGGAACGGCAGCAGCGCCGCUGUGUUGGUGUCCAAACUCGUACGCCUUUGUAUAAUUGGUGUUUUAAUGUCGACUUUUUUUUUUAACCUAUUAAACUAAGUGGUUUUUUAA